UAAUAUUAGUGCUGAACACUGUACCUUUAAUUUAAAUGCCCUUGGAGUCUGCUGGGGAAGAGAAAAAAUACUGUCAGUCAGUAUGAAAUGCAGAUGAGUGCCGUCGAUCUUAGAAUCACCGCACACUUCACUCAUUUGGGCAGUCACGGGGCCAAAACCAGAGAGUGUGGAGCCACAGUGUGGCGGUGGAGGCAGCAGCAAUGGGAGGCCAUACAGCACCCCUAUGACAAAAAUGGAAACCACCAGCAGUGUGAGGAGACCUGAAAGUGGCACAUGGCAGAGUGUGGCGAUGGAGACGCGCAAUGGGAGGCCCUACAGGGACC